AUGACCGGCCUUCAUCCACUCAUGUAUGACCACACCUACACGGUCCCGCAAACGCGGAGGCACUACUUCACCAUGUACACUCCGCGCGCCCAAACAGCUUUCCGCUUCCAGCAGUUCUUCUUCGAGCAGAAGGCCAAGCUCUCCAACCUCCUCAAUACCGUCGGCCAGGACGCGAAGGCCGCACCAUUCCCAAUCUGCAUGGACUACCCAGAGCUCACCUCAGCCAUCACCCAGUUGCUAUGCGACGCUCAAGCCGCUUGCGGACUCACCUAUGACCAGAUUCAGCAAGCCGGCAUUGAGACGGGUCCUUUCGCAGAAAAGGUCGAGUUCGCUGAGAACGUCGCCGCAGACAUCCGCAUGCGUGCGAUGAGCGUCGUCAAGCCCGCCACUGUCCUUCGAAAGAGGGGCAGAAGGGUUGAUGAGGAGGAGGAGGCCUCGGUUUCGUUCGCUAAGCGCAGCAGAAAUGCCGCAGCUGAUUACGACAUGGUCAUCGAGCCGAACCAGUGCGCACCCUACGCCGACCCCCUCCUCCUGACUGCCAUGUGGACGCAGCCGAUGUGUCUGUGA